AUAUCAAUAUAAGACAGACCUGAGAGACACAGGGGAAUCAGAGCCACGAUGAAGACUCUGUGUUUUGCAGUCGUUCUGCUGAGUCUCACCUCAGUGUGCCAGCCUGCGUCGCUGGCCUGUGACUCAUUGCUGAAGAAAGAGGACAAAAGUCCAGAUUUGUCAGGGAGAUGGUACCUUGUAGCCAUGUCCUCUGACAUGUGUGUGAUUCCACUGAUAAGUGCUUUUAUCUGGCCAAGUGUUGCAGUGGACGUCACCUCAAAGGAUACACCAAAUGUCUACGAGGGCAAGUACAGCGUGAAAAUGUAUGGACUUUGCACCACUGAACCUGAACCGUUUUUCUAUGGGAACAACAGCAUUUUCGAUGUUGACAGCAACAAUGCCCCAACUGGCGAGCCAGAUGUGAUGCUGCAUAGUUCGUGUCCUGACUGCUACGUCAUAAAGGGGGAUGAUGUUGUUGAGACACUGAUGCUUUUCAGUAGGAGACAGACUGUCACUGCUGCUGAGCUGAAGGAGUUUGAGACACAGGCAGAUUGUCUUGGCUGGUACAAACCGCAGCUCCUAAGCACAGAUCAUGAUUUUGAAAACUGUUCGUCACUUGACGAUGACAGUGAUUUGGACACUUCAGGACUGUCACAAAAAUUUCUUAAAAGACUGAAAAACACGUAUUCAGUCCCGCUAAACUGUCUUGCAGGGAGAUUUUUUUACUACUACCACUCUGCCUCUGAAUGGGCCAAGCAAACAUGGGCUAGCUUGUAGUGAAUGCACAAGGGUAUGGCUAUAAUAAAUAUUCACUCACACCAAUCAUGUUUAUGCGAAGUGGUGUAGCCCUUCUUAAGAUUCCAAGGUUCGAAGGGAAUCAAUCAGUGUUUGAUUUACUGUUUCAAAUGUAUAGACUUUCAAACCUAACAAGACCCUUUCUUUUGAGUGACAUUGUAAUCAGCUGUUCCAGAAUCAAAUGAUCAGAAAUGUGCCUUUGAACAUUUUAAUAAAAUUCAUAUAAAUUAUUAUAAUAUCUAUUAAUAAUCUUUGCUGGUGUCUUGUAAAUAUGGUCUCUAUGACUGUAUUAUUUUGCUAAUAAACACCACUUUGACAAGA